UCGUCUUUCCAUUCGUUUUCUUCCGAGUCCCAUGGAAUCUUUUCCCGUUCUCUCUUGGGGGGCGCGUUUUCAACCUGAAGCUAUGUGUGCUCGUGCUUAGCUCGACAAGAUUUUCGAGGGAAAACGUUCUGUUGAAAUUCAACUACACUUCUGAAGCUCCUCAACUUAUCAUACUUGCAGCAAAUUCUCUCAGUUAGAUGUGCCUUGGUGAUCGUAUCUCUGUCUCUGUGAUCAAUAAGGUUAUAUCGUUACUUGUACUUUGCUCCUUCAUGCUUGACGCAAGUGUACCACAGAUUUGGACACCAUUUUUUUGCUUUCCCCUGAUGCAUGACUGGCCCACAAGUCUUUUAAGUGUGCCUGUUUUGUUAAUACACGAUUUAAGUGGAGACGGUUGAAAUGUCUUUCUGUAUAUAGCUACACUCUGUAGUUAUAUUAUUCUUUCAUCUUACUACUGUGCGGUCUGGCAUGGAGAACAGAUCAAGUGUUUUAAUGGGAAGGUAUGAAUUAGGAAGAUUGCUAGGGCAAGGUACUUUUGCAAAAGUGUACUAUGCGCGAAGCACAUCAACUAAUCAGAGUGUGGCUAUUAAGGUAAUUGACAAAGAUAAGGUUAUGAAAUCUGGGGAAGCCGAACGCAUCAAGCGUGAAAUAUCUAUCAUGAGGAAGGUUAAACAUCCCUAUAUUAUACAGCUUCUUGAGGUUAUGGCCACCAAGAGCAAGAUUUACUUUGUUAUGGAAUAUGCUAAAGGUGGUGAACUCUUCACAAAGUUAGCUAAAAAAGGAAAGCUCAAAGAGGAUGUUGCACAUAAAUAUUUCUGGCAGCUGAUCAAUGCAGUUGAUUUUUGCCACAGCAGAGGCGUGUACCACCGAGAUAUUAAACCAGAGAACCUUUUGUUGGAUGAAAAUGGGGAUCUGAAGGUUUCUGAUUUUGGGUUAAGUGCUCUGGCGGAAUCCAAGCGGGAAGAUGGCCUGCUGCAUACAACUUGUGGCACACCUGCAUAUGUUGCUCCUGAAGUCAUUAAAAGGAAAGGGUAUGAUGGUGCCAAAGCUGAUGUUUGGUCUUGUGGGGUAGUAUUGUUCGUAUUAUUGGCAGGUUAUCUCCCAUUUCAUGAUCCAAAUUUGGUAGAGAUGUAUAGGAAAAUUGACAAGGCAGAAUUUGAAUGUCCUAAUGGGUUCUCACCAGAAGUUCGCACACUUCUAUGCAAGAUGUUAAAUCCAGAUCCUGAUGCUAGGAUUUCCAUGGAAAAGAUUAGGGAGUGUGCUUGGUUUAAGAAAGGACCAAAUUCUAAACAUAAAAAACCUGUAGUGGGAAAGAAGGCUGUCUCUUCAUCAGGUAAAAAUCCUUCCACUCGAAGCGACGAAGCAGAAGCAAAGCAGGAGUCAGUCGUACCAUCCAGUAUAAAUGCAUUUGAUAUCAUAUCUCUUUCUGCUGGUUUUGAUCUUUCUGUAUUCUUUGAAGACGAUUUUAAGAAGAGAGAAGCUAGAUUUACCUCAAGACAACCUGCACCAGCUAUCAUCUCGAAGCUGGAAGAGGCUGCUAAGCUUCUGAAGAUGAAAAUAAAGAAGAAAGCCGCAGGAUUGUUAAAGCUAGAGGGCCUCAAGGAAGGCAGAAAGGGUAUUUUGUCCAUUGAUGCAGAGAUCUUUGAGGUCACUCCGUAUUUCCAUCUGGUGGAGGUGAAAAAAUCAGAUGGAGAUACAUUGGAAUUUCAGAAAAUACUGAAAGAAGGUAUAAGGCCUGCUCUUCAGGAUAUUGUCUGGAUUUGGCAAGGAGAUGACCAAUCACAGCAAUCAGAGCAACAACUGCAGACGCAUGAGCCGCAGCCACAGCAAUAAGUGCAAUAAUAUAUUCUAUUUUUCGUAGCUCAUGAUAUGUCCACUUAAUAACCAUGUUGCUCGUUCAUAUUGUGCAAUUGUGAUCCUAUAUUUUAGCUCGUCUUGUAUGUUCAGGGUGCUGUAAUUUUAAAAAAAAAAAAUUCUGUAUAUAUAAUAUUAUAUAGUGUCUCCAUAUAAUUUGAAAACCAUAGAAAGUAUUCAUAAA